GAUUCAAAUGCCUUGGUGAUUAAUGGGCCAUUGGCCAUUGCCGACGGGAUGCGCAUAAUUCAACCGGUCCAAAGGACCAGAUACGGACACGGACCAUGGCCGGCCGUGGGACUGAGGCUGGUCCUGGCCCUUGCCUGGGCAACGUCGGCAGCGGCUGCCAUGGAGUCAUCAGCCGAGCUGCAGGCCCUGGGCUACGAGGCAAUUAGGCCAGGUGCUGCCUCAAUUAGCACAUCCAGCCCAUCCAGCCCAUACAGCCCAUACAGCCCGUCCAGCUCGCCACCCGGGGAAUCGGCAUCGACUGUGGCUGCCGGGGGGAUUCCGGUUCCACCGCGCUCCGAUUGGAAGUACAAACGGACGAAAGUCAAACGCCGGCAGCAGCGCCUCAAUUCACACAGCAAUCUACCUGGAAGCACCAAUGCCUCCCACGCCCACCACCCCCUCAAUCUGCCGCCCAGGCAGCGCUACUUGAAGGUCAACCAGGUGUUCGAAAGCGAGCGCCGCAUGUCGCCGGCCGAAAUGCAGCGCAAUCAUGGCAAAAUCGUGCUGCUCGGACUCUUCGAGCUGUCCACAUCGCGGGGUCCACGUCCGGAUGGCCUGAGCGAACUGGGAGCUGCCACCAUGGCCGUGGAGCACAUCAACCGCAAGCGCCUGCUGCCCGGCUACACCCUCGAGCUCGUGACCAACGAUACUCAGUGCGAUCCUGGAGUGGGCGUGGAUCGCUUCUUCCACGCCAUCUACACACAGCCCUCGACGAGGAUGGUGAUGCUGCUGGGAUCGGCCUGCUCGGAGGUUACCGAGAGCCUGGCGAAGGUGGUGCCGUACUGGAACAUCGUGCAGGUAUCCUUCGGUUCCACAUCGCCGGCGCUGAGUGACAGGCGGGAGUUCCCCUACUUCUACAGGACCGUGGCCCCGGAUUCCUCGCACAAUCCGGCGCGCAUCGCCUUCAUUCGGAAGUUCGGCUGGGGCACGGUGACCACUUUCUCGCAGAACGAGGAGGUCCACUCGCUGGCGGUGAACAACCUGGUCACCGAACUGGAGGCGGCCAACAUAUCCUGUGCCGCCACCAUCACCUUUGCGGCCACCGACUUCAAGGAGCAGCUACUGCUACUCAGGGAGACGGACACGCGCAUCAUCAUCGGCAGCUUCUCGCAGGAGCUGGCCCCCCAGAUCCUGUGCGAGGCCUACAGGCUUCGGAUGUUCGGGGCGGACUACGCCUGGAUCCUCCACGAGAGCAUGGGUGCCCCAUGGUGGCCGGACCAGCGCACCGCCUGCUCCAACCACGAACUGCAGCUGGCCGUCGAGAACCUCAUCGUGGUCUCAACGCACAACAGCAUCGUUGGAAACAACGUGAGCUACAGUGGACUGAACAAUCACAUGUUCAACUCCCAGCUGCGCAAGCAAUCCGCCCAGUUCCACGGCCAGGAUGGACUUGGCUCCGGUUCUGGCUCCAGGAUCAGUAUCGCUGCACCGCAUUCUGAUUCCCGCCGGCGGCGCAGGAGAGGCCUGGGAGGCAUGAGCGGAGGGCACCUCUUUCCGGAGGCGAUCUCGCAGUACGCGCCGCAAACCUACGACGCCGUGUGGGCAAUCGCCCUGGCCUUGAGAGCAGCCGAGGAGCACUGGCGGCGAAACGAGGAGCAGUCGAAGCUGGACGGAUUCGAUUACACCCGCAGCGACAUGGCCUGGGAGUUCCUGCAGCAGAUGGGCAAGCUCCACUUCCUGGGAGUGUCGGGACCCGUGUCCUUUAGCGGCCCAGAUCGCGUUGGCACCACUGCCUUCUACCAAAUCCAGCGCGGUCUGCUGGAACCGGUGGCCCUCUACUAUCCGGCCACGGACGCCCUGGACUUCCGGUGUCCCCGCUGCCGGCCGGUGAAGUGGCACAGCGGGCAGGUGCCCAUCGCCAAGCGGGUGUUCAAGCUGCGGGUGGCCACCAUCGCUCCACUGGCCUUCUACACCAUCGCCACCCUCUCCAGCGUGGGAAUCGCGCUGGCCAUCGCCUUCCUGGCGUUCAAUCUGCAUUUUCGGAAGCUCAAAGCAAUUAAACUUUCCAGCCCGAAGCUGAGCAACAUCACCGCAGUGGGCUGCAUCUUUGUGUACGCCACCGUCAUCCUUCUGGGUCUGGACCACUCGACGCUGCCCUCGGCGGAGGACUCCUUCGCUACGGUCUGCACGGCCCGCGUCUAUCUGCUCUCCGCCGGAUUCUCGUUGGCCUUUGGCUCGAUGUUCGCCAAGACCUACAGAGUUCACCGGAUAUUCACGCGGACGGGCAGCGUUUUCAAGGACAAGAUGCUGCAGGACAUCCAGCUGAUCCUGCUCGUCGGCGGACUGCUUCUGGUGGACGCGCUGCUCGUUACGCUCUGGGUGGUCACCGAUCCCAUGGAGCGGCAUCUUCACAACCUGACGCUCGAGAUCAGUGCGACUGACAGGAGUGUCGUUUACCAGCCUCAGGUUGAGGUUUGCCGUUCGCAGCACACGCAAACGUGGUUAAGUGUCCUGUACGCCUACAAGGGUCUACUUCUUGUGGUGGGUGUCUAUAUGGCCUGGGAGACGCGCCACGUGAAGAUCCCUGCCCUCAACGAUUCCCAGUACAUCGGAGUGUCGGUCUACAGUGUGGUCAUCACCAGCGCCAUUGUCGUGGUUCUGGCCAACUUGAUUUCCGAGCGAGUCACGCUGGCCUUCAUCACAAUCACAGCUCUGAUCUUAACCAGCACCACCGCCACUCUUUGCCUGCUCUUCAUCCCCAAACUCCACGACAUCUGGGCAAGAAACGACAUUAUCGACCCGGUUAUCCACAGCAUGGGCCUCAAAAUGGAGUGCAACACACGCCGAUUCGUGGUGGAUGACCGCCGAGAACUGCAGUACCGGGUGGAGGUGCAAAACAGGGUCUACAAAAAGGAAAUCCAGGCUCUGGACGCCGAGAUCCGAAAGCUGGAGAGGCUCCUCGAGUCGGGUCUAACCACCACCUCCACCACAACCUCGUCGUCCACCUCGCUCUUAACGGGUGGAGGUCACUUGAAGCCGGAACUGACGGUAACCAGUGGAAUCUCGCAGACUCCGGCUGCCAGUAAAAACAGAACACCAAGUAUCUCGGGCAUACUGCCGAAUCUCCUGCUCUCCGUGCUGCCUCCUGUGAUUCCCCGGGCCAGUUGGCCCUCAGCCGAGUACAUGCAGAUCCCGAUGAGGCGCUCCGUGACCUUCGCCUCGCAGCCGCAACUAGAAGAGGCCUGCCUGCCCGCACAGGACUUGAUUAACCUCCGUUUAGCCCAUCAGCAGGCCACGGAGGCUAAGACGGGCUUGAUAAACCGAUUACGAGGGAUAUUUUCUCGCACAACUUCGAGCAACAAGGGAUCCACGGCCAGCCUGGCGGACCAAAAGGGUCUGAAGGCGGCCUUCAAGUCGCACAUGGGUCUGUUCACCCGCCUGAUUCCCUCCUCUCAAACGGCGUCCUGCAAUGCCAUAUACAAUAAUCCCAAUCAGGAUUCCAUUCCCUCGGAGUCGUCCUCCCACCCGAAUGGCAACCACUUAAAGCCCAUCCACAGGGGCUCGUUGACCAAAAGCGGUACACACCUGGAUCACCUUACCAAGGAUCCCAAUUUCCUGCCCAUCCCCACUAUUUCGGGUGGUGAACAGGGGGACCAGACGUUGGGUGGAAAGUACGUGAAGCUGCUGGAGACCAAGGUGAACUUCCAAUUGCCCAGCAACCGGAGACCUUCAGUGGUUCAGCAGCCGCCCAGUCUAAGGGAACGGGUAAGGGGUUCGCCACGCUUUCCACACCGCAUCCUGCCGCCCACUUGUAGCCUCAGCGCCCUGGCCGAAUCCGAGGACCGUCCCGGAGAUAGCACCUCCAUCUUGGGCAGCUGCAAGUCCAUACCUCGCAUCUCCCUGCAGCAGGCCACCAGUGGAGGCACCUGGAAAUCCAUGGAGACAGCGGGCAAGUCGCGGCUUUCCCUCGGCGAUUCACAGGAGGAGGAGCAGCAGACGCCUGCGAAUGGCAUGGAGUAAAUAAGAUGCCCUGUCCAUUGUCCACAGGCCACUGUCCACAGUCCAAAUCCAAGUCCAAGUCCUCGUCAAUUAGAAGCGAAACACCAAGCAAUUAUUUUACCACACGCCCACAAAAUCUGCCCCAGAAUAGCGCGUGUGCAACUGACCAAUCAUCAGCUUAAAGCAAUCAAACGCAUUAGGGUAAAACGCUAGAUAAGUCACGAUAGGAACCUCCCCUUCCGCGUCGAGUUCUCAUAGCUAGUCAUUUUCCUGAACUUAGCCGAAGCAGCUACACAGAGAAAAAACUGCAGGCACAUUGUGCUCUGCCUAGAAGUAGAAGAAAUUUACAAAGUAAACUAAGAAAUUUAUGAAAUGGUAGAGUGUAUCUUCUAUGUUUUCGAUAUCAGCAACGUUUUCUGAUAACUACCAUCAGUA